CUUUUUUUAAUCUGCCGGAUUUUUUAUUUACUUGUAUACUAAGUACUUCCGUGCUUUUAAUGUGAAUUACACUAACACAUGUAUGUCGAUUAUAAUGUAUUGCCUGGGGCACAUUUACUUGUUUACAGACAAAAAAGUAUGACGUUGCACAUGUGGUUAUCGAUACGCACAUUCCUACAAAAUUUCAUGGCUUUAUCUCUUUCGGUUUUUGAGUUACGCUGGUCGAAGAAGAAGGAGAAGAAGAAGAAGAAGAUGAACAAAACUCCCUGUCAUAGCGCCAUACAUCUAUGAUGCUAGGGUGUAAACACUUCGGUAUCAAAUGCUAUGAGUGUAGAAUUAGUGACAUCACUGGAAUGCGAUGGACGUGUGUAACAUGUCCGGAUACUAAUCUCUGCACUCAGUGUUAUCAUGGUGGGAAACAUUCCUUGGAUCAUGAGUUUCUAAGGAUAGUGCACCCAAAUGGCAUAAGGGUAAAACUUCAUUCUCGUUUCGGAGCUCGUAGGGUUAUGGCUGUUGGUAUAUUCCCCAAUGCAGAGGUAGUGCGUGGGCAUGACUGGCUGUGGGGAGAUCAAGAUGGUGGACUAGGAAAAUGUGGAAAAUUGCAGAAGAUCAGAGGAUGGGAGAAUGAGACUUCUAGAUCUAUAGCUGAGGUGGAGUGGGCCGAAACUGGAAAGUGCAAUGUUUAUCGUGUGGGUCAUAAAGGAAAGGUUGAUAUCAAGUGUCUAAAGCCAGCUCCUGGAGGUUAUUACUAUCCCAGUCAUUUGCCAGUCUUAGGUGCUCCUCAAUUGUUCCAUGCUACACAAGACAUCCCUGAUUAUACGCCCCCCACAGUGUUACUAACUACAGAUGUUGGUGGACCAUUGCGUUCUUCUGAAGUUCCAUUUGAACAUCAUGGUCUGGUUCCUGGAGACAAUGUUCGAGUGGGAUUAGAUGUUGAUGUAUUCAAAAUAAUGCAGGAGGGCCAUGGAGAUUGGGAUGAUAGUUUGCUCAAUAAUCUCUCCGAUGUUGGUACUGUGCAAAGUGUGUUAGAUAAUGGAGACAUUAGAGUUAAAUACUCAGGCUCAAGAAUCUACACUCUUAAUCACAACGCCGUCACUAAGGUGACAUGUUUUUCUACUGGAGAUAUUGUACAAGUCAUAGAUGACAUUGCUGCAGUGCACAGCUUUCAAGAAAAUCAUGGUGGUUGGGUUGAUGAUAUGGCAUUGAGUUUGGGUCAAGUUGGUCGUGUUGUCAAGGUUUUUCCGACUGGUGAUGUAAGGGUUGUUGUUAAUUCAAGAACAUGGACAUACAAUCCACGUUGCCUCUCCCAUGCUCCAUUAAAAGAGAUUGCUGAAGAUGAAUGUGCGUGAUAUUUUUUCACCAGUUAUAGUUCAUGCAUGAUAUUGAUUUUUAGCUGGAGAUCUUGAGGAGGAAGGAGGAGAUCUGAGUUUGAACCUCAAGCUACUUUCAGUGCUAGAUAAUCCAGCUAUAGUAGUAGCAGCUGCUGCAUCCGGUGAUGUGGGAACUUUACGUGAGUUCUUGGCAAGGCAUCCAUCACAGGUUAAUACCAAGGCUGGUGGCAAAGCUGCAAUCCAUUGCGCAUGUGCUCAAGGGAAUGUCGAGGUGCUAAAAUGCCUCUUGGAAUUUUCUCCAGAUAUUGAAAUCACAGAUGAAGAUGGGGAUAGGCCAAUGCACCUGUCUGCCUACAGUGAUGAAGAUGAAGUUGCUCAGUUGCUAAUUGCAGCAAAUGUGGAUGUUAAUUCCAAGAACAAUAAAGGUGCAACCCCUCUCAUUAUUGCUGCAGUCAAAGGUCACCACAGUGUGCUGCGAAUAUUGGCUAAUAACCCAAACACCAAUUUGCAUGAUCAGGACACUGAUGGCGACACUGCUUUACAUUGUGCAGUGUUAGCUCAAAAGAACGAGUCUGUCAAUAUGCUGCUUGAAGCUGGUGCUGAUCCAACCUUGCUGAACUUCAGACUGUUCACACCCAUUCAUGAAGCAGCAAGGAUAGGGUUUCUGUCUGCUGUCGAUAACUUUAUUCGGCGAUAUCCAUCUCAUGUGGGCAUAAGAAAAGAAGAUGGUUAUACUCCAUUACAUCUUGCAGCUCUCAAUGAUCACUUAGAUGUCGUGGCAUCUUUCAUCGAACAUGAGCUGUGUGACAUAAAUUGUUGUACAAAUGAGAACCAGACACCACUUCAUCUUGCUGUACAUCAAUCACACUCGGAUGUGGUGGAGAGACUUAUUGGAUAUGGGGCAAAUUUAAAUAUACAAGACUUGAGUGGUGAUACCCCAUUACACAUUGCACUGGUUACUACAAGUGCUGGGAUUCUCGCUUCUAAUACACCACAGCUCGUAAAGGUACAGGAUGAACUUAAAAAUGGCCAUGAGAAUGUUGCUGUAGGAGUAAUUACUGCAUGUUUCCUAGUACAAGAAGGAGCUGAUGUGUACAUCCAGAAUAUAAAAGGACACACUCCUUUGCAACUGUCCCCACCAAACAUCAUUACUAUUGUAAUGAAGUAUGUAGACAGAACUUCCAGCUUUCAUGGUAGCAUGAAAUCUCCAACUCCUGGUUGUGGUUUGCUAACCCAGGAUCAAAAGACUACUCCUUUUUUGACAGAGCAAAUGAGUGAUAAGAAAGUUUGCUUUCUUUGUGAGGCUUCUGUAGAUGUCAAGUUUGAGCCCUGUGGUCAUGCAUUAAUGUGCCGCAAUUGUGCUGACAGAGCAAAGAAAUGUCCAUUGUGCAAGAAGCCGGUGAAAACAGUCUACAAAUUGAAGGAGAUGUGUAUUAUGUGCCAUGAAGAAGAGGGCUCAGUUACAGUAAAGCCAUGUGGACACAUAUAUUGUCAAGAGUGCUGCAAAAGGCUUAAAGUGUGCUUUGAAUGCCGGUCUCCCAUAGCAAGAAAAGAAGGCCUUGAACCUGAACAUAAAGAUUCUGCAGCGCAAUCCUCUUCACCUAAUAAGGAAACUCAACCAUCUUGUGCAAUAUGUCUCACAGAACCAAGGAACACAGCACUUCAAUGUGGCCAUCUGCUGUGUUGGGAAUGUGCACAAAAAGUAGAUAAUUGCCCCGUAUGCAGAAAAUUUGUUAGCCAUAGAAUCCGGCUCUUUCAAUGAUAAAAUAUUGUUUUUAUAAUGUUUAGUACUGACACGUCUGAGAUGAAAAACUGUCACAGCAACUUAUUAUUUCACGUAGACUGUUAAUCUAUUGCAUGAGGCU